ACUUACGUGAACGAUUUUUUUUUUCUGAACUCGUCAUGUCGUUACUCUCUUUAAUAAAGGGACACAAAUCAGACUGCGACACCGGUGUGAUUCUGCUGCUUUCGAAAAGUUCUACUAGUUGCACCAAUGCAUAGUAGAAUAUGGUACCUUCCUGUAUGCAAAUUAUCAAAAAAUGCUAGCGGCAAUUAUCGGUACCAUUUCCAGUUUUGUAGCCCAUAUCCCUUGAAGCAGUGGUGUCCAAAGUUCCAGAAAGGGCCAAGAGGAUGCAGGUUUUCUUUACAGCCACUGACUCCACCAGGUGAUUUCACUGAUUAACAUCACUUUGAGCAGAUGGGAUGAGUUCAUCAGUGAAAUCACCUGCUCCCCCAUACUGUAUAUAGCCCUGUUACAAUAAAAUGUGCAAUUCAUUUUCCAGAAAAUGUUUUAAUACUAUAAUGUUUGAUGUUUAAGAUGUAAUUUACAGAACUUGGUUCGGUGAGAUGUCAAAUGAAAGUUGAGCUUUUCAGACCUCGUCCCAUGUCCUACAAGAACCAAACAAAUUCAUUAUACACUGUAAUAUCAAAUAAUUCUUGAAGAAUCGUAUAUCCUAAGAAUUGUGAAGUGUAUCAAAUCUGCGCUGAGUAAUUGUGAUAAUAUCGAAUUGGGAGAUAAUUGUAUCAUCAGAUAAAGAUCUCACAAUUUGUGCACAUACUCUGUUGAUUGAGGCAAAAGUCAACCGGACAUACUUCAAGUUAGAAGACACUCUUUGUAGUGUUAUUGGGAGAGAAAAGGAAAUUGCUGGACGAAGUCUCCUGUAAUAUGUCUCCUGAGGAGGACACGUCUCGGAUGUCCACUUCUUUCUCAUGCCCUUCUCCCUCCUUCCUUCCACCUGACUCCCACUUCAUUGGGAAAAAGGAGGAAAUUAUACAGGCCAGACGUGUGACAAAGCUGGUGAAUGGAUGCAGAGACGUGCUGGUCCUGUACCACCAGGGACGGCUACAUGCCAUGGACAUGCGCUGUUACCAUUCAGGUGGUGUAUUAGAGCAUGGAGACAUUGAGGAGUUUGAUGGACGGCUUUGCAUUGUGUGUCCGUGGCACAAGUACAAGAUCACGCUGGCAGAAGGGGAGGCGCUUUACCAAGCUGUGGACAAUCCUGGGGCCAAACCCCUGCAAACUCACUGGCGCUCCAAAGGGGUCAAACAGAGAAUUCACAGGGUCACUGAGGUCAGCGGGGAUGUGUAUGUAACACUGAACAGUUCCACUGAGGUCAUCGAAUCUGAUACAUACCAGACUGAGAAGUAUAGGACUGCCUUUCUCAGUCCCCAGCUACAACGUACGAUGAAGUAACAUAGGACUGGUCUGUGAUUAAUAUAUUUUUAAACUGAGCUAUACAGACAUUUGUGUGUGACUGUGCGUCAUUUCUUCUUGGAUUUGAGUUUGCUUCCUGUCUUCAGCAGAAUUUUGAUAUGUGUAGUUUUGUGCUUUGUUUUUGACUGGUGGCUUGUUCACUCUUACAAAAUCAGACAAUAGAGCAUUGAUUCAAGCAAGUCAGUUUGAUAUCAUUUAGUAAAUUAAUACAGGAUGCUUCUCAGUACACAGUAGCAAAAAUAAAUUGUAAUCACCACAUAAUUACUUAACUAUAAAAACACUGCUUAUUUUUGUCUGAGAAUAUUUUAUUUUUUUAACAUAUUUUGUAUCUCAGCCUCUGUCAUUUUACAAAUAAACAAAUUAUGAUCACAGAGGAAAGGAAGACUUGUCAUAACACUCUUAGUUGAUUAGGUUUUGGAACUUGCACUCACUCAUCUUCAGCCACUUAUCCGGGAUUGGGUCACGGUGGUUUUGGAAGUCAUUGCUUCAAAUUUACGUAUUUAAAAAAAACAACUUUAUUUUAAUGAGUAUUGUAACUCGUACAUACGAGGUCUAUUAGAAAAGUAUCCGAC